AUGGAGUCCAAGGAACUCAACGUCGAGACGCUCACCCCCGAUCUGAAAGGGGAGGAGGAGGGGGGCAAGCCAGAACCAGACCUCAAGGAACCGGACGAAGUGAUUGAGAAUGUCGAGUACAGCUAUGAAUCGCAUCGCUCGCCAUUUCCGGAAGUCAGGGCCGUCGUCCCCGAGACAGACGACCCCAGCAUGCCUAUUAAUACCGUGCGCAUGUGGGUGCUGGGGAUCGUGUUUACCAUGCUCGGCUCCGGCAUCAACCAAUUCUUCUCUCUGCGCUACCCGUCGGUGCAUAUUGUCGCCUUGGUCGCCGAGCUAUUGGCAUACCCGCUGGGCAUCUUCCUCGCGAAAACGCUGCCUAUGACGACAAUCUCUUUGGGGCCGCUGGGCUCGUUCUCACUCAACCCGGAUCGACAAUUCAAUAUCAAAGAGCAUGGGCUCAUCGUGAUCAUGAGCAAUGUCUCCUUCGGAUAUGCCACCGCCGACGCUACCAAUAUCAUCCAGGCCGCCAGCGCGGCAUUUUACGACUUCAACCUCAAGCCGGGAUUUUAUGUUCUGAUCGUUCUCUGCGCCCAGCUGCUUGGCUUCGGAGUCGCGGGUCUUGCAGCCCCCUGGCUGGUUGAGCCAGCCCGCAUCAUCUGGCCGGGCGUGUUAUCCAACUGCGCGAUGCUCGAGUCUCUGCAUUCGCGAGCGAAUAUACUGGCAAAUGGAUGGCGCAUCUCCCGUCUACGCUUCUUCCUCUAUGUGACGGCCGGCGGGUUCCUCUGGUACUUCUUCCCCGGAUUGAUUUUCACGGCUCUGUCUUACUUCACCUGGGUCUGCUGGAUCGCGCCAAAGAAUGUCAUCGUCAACCACCUUUUCGGCAUGCAGACCGGACUCGGGUUAAGCCCGGUCACCUUUGACUGGAGCCAAAUUGCCUACAAUACCAACCCACUCCUAUCCCCCUCGUGGGCCGCCAUCAACGUCUUUGCCGGUUUCGCCUUUUUCUUCUGGGUCAUCGUUCCAAUCCUCUACUACACCAACGUCUGGUUCACAGGAUACCUGCCUCUCAUGACGGCAGACGUCUACGACAGAACCGGCGCAGUAUACGAUACAGCCCGAGUCGUCAGCGCAGACCACAGCCUUGACGAAGCGGCUUACCGCAACUACUCACCCCCCUUCCUCAGCGCCACAUUCGCUUUCAUUUACGGUCCUUCCUUUGCAGCCAUCACAUCUGUCCUCUCGCACAUUGCUGUCUGGCACAGCCGUGACCUCUGGGCCGCUUUUAAAGGCCGCAAUAGACUAGACAUCCACGCCCGACUGGUCCGCGCUUCCUACCGCCCAACACCGUGGUACUGGUAUGCAGGCAUCAUUGUGAUCAUCACAGCAAUGGCAAUCGCCAUGGUCGAGGUCUACGAGACUAAACUCCCAGUCUACGGCGUCUUCCUCGGCCUCAUCGUCCCAGCUCUAUACAUGAUCCCCUGCGGGAUCGUGCAGGGCAUCACAAACGUCGACGCAAACCAGCUGAACGUACUCUCAGAGUUCGUGGGCGGGUACAUGUUCGAAGGAAAGCCACUGGCAAAUAUGAUUUUCAAAAUCCUUUCAACAGACGUAGUGGGUCAAGGCGUUUAUUUCGCCAUGGACAUGAAAUUGGCCCAUUACCUCAAGGUUCCGCCGCGCACGACCUUUGUCGCGCAGGGCGCGGCUACCAUUCUCGGUGCGCUGACCCAGACCGGCGUCACGCUUUGGAUGCUGGGUCAUAUUCAUGGAAUUUGCCAGUCGGACCAGGCAGAUAAUUUUACUUGUCCCAAUGGGAGAACGGUUUAUUCGUCCUCUGUGAUCUGGGGUCUUGUCGGUCCGCGCCGUCUCUACUCCGCCGGCCAGAUCUACUCUGGUCUCCUCCAUUUCUUCUGGAUUGGUGCCGUUAUGCCUAUCGUGACAUGGCUACUGUACCGAUUCACCAAGCAGAAGUUCUGGAAAAUGAUUAACUGGCCUCUUAUUUUUGUCGGCACUUACAAUGUUCCUCCGGCAACUGGAAUAAACUACUCCAGCUGGGCCCUAGUAAACUACAUAUUCAACCACGUCAUCCGGCGACGCUGGUUCACAUGGUGGACGAAAUACAACUAUAUCCUCGCCGCAGCCCUGGAUACAGGCCUCGCACUGAGCGGGAUUUUCAUAUUCUUUUGCAUUUCGUAUCCUGGUGCCAAGUUUCCUGAUUGGUGGGGUAAUACGGUUUAUCUGGAUACGGCGGAUGGGCAGGGAUUACCCUUUAAGGCUAUGGCGGAUGUGGGGUAUUUUGGGCCUGCUAAUGGGACUUGGGCUUGA